AUGCAGGGAGAAAGGGUGGGACAAACGGUGGCUCACGGCAUCAAGUGCAGAGGCGCGCACACACCCAGGGCAUGGUGGUUUGCUUCCGCACGAUACAACGGGCCGGGUAGCCGAAACGGUGAGCUGCUGCCGCAGGAUCCUGUCUGCAUGGGCAAUUGCAACGGAGUACCUCAUAGUAAUACGAAGCUCUCAGAGAUGCGAGUCAUUUCACCUCCUAGCCUAAAACUCCAUACCGCCGCCGACCGAUUCGCCUUGGAGCGAACCACCCAGGACCCACCCAGCUCAUGCACCGGACCGUACGGACUUGUGGGCGAGUCGUACAAUUGA